GCGGAAGUGGGAGCGGGGACCGAGCCUUGGCCAUAAAGCCCGAGGCGGCGGCGGCGGCGGCGGCGGCGGAGGCUGAGGGAUCGCAGGCCGACCGCUGGAGCCGGAACUUGGAGCACUCCGCCCCGUCCUCCGUCGCGUCUCCUCGCGGAGCCCCGCGCCGCGGCCGCGUUUGAAGGAUGACCUCUAGGAAGAAAGUGUUGCUGAAGGUUAUCAUCUUGGGAGAUUCAGGUGUGGGUAAGACAUCGCUCAUGAACCAAUAUGUGAACAAGAAGUUCAGUAACCAGUACAAAGCUACAAUAGGAGCAGACUUUCUGACCAAGGAGGUGAUGGUGGAUGACAGGCUAGUCACCAUGCAGAUCUGGGACACAGCCGGUCAGGAACGGUUCCAGUCUCUUGGUGUAGCCUUCUAUAGAGGUGCAGACUGCUGUGUUCUGGUGUUUGAUGUGACUGCCCCUAACACAUUCAAGACCCUUGACAGCUGGAGAGAUGAGUUUCUCAUCCAGGCCAGUCCCCGGGAUCCUGAAAACUUCCCCUUUGUUGUGUUGGGAAACAAGAUUGACCUCGAAAACAGACAAGUGGCCACAAAGAGGGCACAGGCCUGGUGCUACAGCAAAAACAACAUUCCUUAUUUCGAGACCAGUGCCAAGGAGGCCAUCAAUGUGGAGCAGGCGUUCCAGACAAUCGCAAGGAAUGCACUUAAACAGGAGACAGAGGUGGAGCUGUACAAUGAAUUUCCUGAACCCAUCAAACUGGACAAGAACGACCGGGCCAAGGCCUCCGCAGAGAGCUGCAGUUGCUGAAGGGGCAGUGAGCACAGAGCACAGAGUCCUUCACAAACCAAGAACACACACAGGCCUUCAAACACAAGCCCUCCCUCCUGUAAACAAAACAGAAAGUGAUCUCUUACAUCCAGCUGCCAAAAGAAAUCCCACCAAACACAGUUGUUCCCCAUCCAUACACACAUGCACACAACACAUGGUACAUGUAUGUGUGCACGUGCGCACGCACAUGCAGGUGUGCACGGACACACACACACACACUCACACACCACAAGAAAACUGCAGCCCAGGCCUGCGAGGGCUCCUGGGCCAUUUGCCCACCCUGUGUGUGGCUGCAGACCCGUCUAGUUCAGUCACAUUGAAAGCGCAUUCUUUUUAUCCAUUGGAAAAAAGAGAGAACUGUUUACAGUGAGUCUGUCUAAUUAGUUAUCUGGGUUUUUUUUUUUUUUAAACAGUCUUGUUAUCCCUGACCCCACCCUCCCUGCUGAAGGUUCCCUUGGGAAGGCUGGUGCCCAUGCUUCAUUGCAGGCUUACACCCAGUCUGAUCAGACUGAGUUUUGUAUGUAUCUGUUAAUGCUUGUUACUUUUAACUAAUCAGAUCUUUUUACAGUAUCCAUUUAUUAUGUAAUGCUUCUUAGAAAAGAAUCUUAUAGUACAUGUUAAUAUAUGCAACCAAUUAAAAAUUAUAAAUUAGUGUGAGGAAUUCUUGGAUCAUGUGUUUCAAGCCCUGUACUGCAGGCAUGCAAGGUGGAGGGUUGGACCCUGCCUGGAUUACAGAGUGUUAGAGAUGCAGCAUUUGGAAACCCAGCUAGUGGCAGUAUUCUGUACAAUAGACUUGAGAAUCAUGUGCGCCUUUUAUCAAAGACUUAAGAGCCAAAAAGCUUUUCAUCUCUCCAGAGGGAAAACUGAACUAAACAGUUCCCUUCUGUCUGAAUUUUCCAAAAGGUUGAUUUGCAUAAUACAGUUGUAUGUGCAAUGGAUUUCAGAAAUCAAGAUUCUUAUUUCCCCCUUUCCCCUACUGCUCCACAUUUGAGAACUUCCAUUAGAUGAACAUCCUUCUCUCCAAGGAAAAGCGAGCCCUGAGUUUACCUUUGUUCUAGAAGGCGCUCCUUUCAGGACUGUGGUGUCCUAGGUUAGCAGACCUUCUCCUCUACCCCUGGCUCCCACUGUGGCCCCGCAUCAGUCACCUGCCCCUUCUGCUGAGCCCUGGCAGCCUGGCUCCCUCCCGAGGACCUGCCUGCAUCUGACUGGCUUGAGGGAGCACGCCCCUUCUCCAGAGGUCUGUGUUCCAGGGUGUGGGCCAAGUUCUUCUGUAAAGAGAUGAACGUGAUGCCAAUAAAAUUUAACAAGAACAAAAAACAGC